GUGCUAAGGAAGGGAGGGCGGGGACUCUCCUAAAAAGAAAAAAGGAGGACAAUUAAGAAUUUAGGAACAGUUCAUUUCAAUGAAGGAGUAGUGGCUCCUUCAUGAGUUAUUCAGAAUCGCGACAGCCAAGGAAGGAACAGAAGAAGCGCAAAGCAUCAAGGGAUCCAGCAAACCCUUCGCCUGAACAUUCAUCUGCCAAUCCUUCUUCUUCUUCGACACCUAAGACCCCAACACCCAGAACGAUUACAGAAACAGGAAGCACGCUGUCGUUAGCAAUGGCAACCGACAGUAUAGUCUCUAUGGUUCGACCUAGACACACUACUCUUGUCUUCACCGGUAAAGACGUUACCGAGUUCCUUGAAGACUAUGACCGACAAGCCGACAACGGAGGCCUCUCUAGCCAAAUGAGAGUCUCCGUCCUUCCGGACUAUAUCAGCGAUGAGGACCGUUCUCUCUCUCGCAUCAUUAAGCGGCUAGCUGGCUACCAGGAGAAGGACUGGAGCAAGCUCAAGUCCUCUAUGAAAGACUACUGGGCUGAUGAAGACACUGCUGUUAAGAUGGGCAAGCGCUCAUACUUGCAGGCCUUCAUUCAGAAAUGUGUACGCGAUCCACCUAGUCUUACGGAGUAUUACACUCAUUUUGCAACAACAUCCGAUGCUUGCGUCGCCAGCAAGCAAGUUCCUCGUGAGGAGCUAGGUAUCCUCUUCUUCCGUGGUCUUCCGAAACAUGACAAGGAGUCUGUUAUGUUCAUGAUGCCAGAUGCCCCUAAAGGGGACGACUGGACUGAGUAUGACGUGGACAAGAUCUAUUGCUUCUUGAAGGCACACCACAAGAAGACCAACAGCAUCGAUGAGAUGCACACUUAGGAUCGAGGUGGCAUGGACGCAGAGAUGAGGCGCAUCAUGCUCACCAACAAGCGAGCUACUUUCAACCCUGACGAAGUGAAGAAUGCAAUGGCAGACUUU